AUGCCAGCGGAAGCUGUGGCCGACACUUCAGCCGAUUUCGCCCAAAGAGAUGUCAGAGACCCGCAGGGGGAGGUUAACGUGACUCGUAUAGUGAAGCUGCCGCCUUUCUGGAAGGAUAACCCCUUUUUAUGGUUCACGCAAGUCGAAGCGGUUUUCGCUCUAUCACGAAUUACCGCUGAUGAGACAAAAUUCCGAUACGUUAUAGUUAAUCUUGAUCAAAACAUUCUACCGUUUGUUUCAGAUAUCCUAGCCUCACCGCCGGCCGAGAACAAAUACGGGGCUCUAAAAACACGCAUUAUUUCGUCAUUCGAUGAAUCGAACGAGUCCAAGCUGAGACGAUUGCUGCGCGGACAUGAAUUAGGUGAUGAAAAACCGUCACAUUUUCUGCAACGGUUAAGAAAUCUAGCUGCAGGACAAUGCAACGAGGCCGUUAUGAGAACGUUAUUCCUUGAACAAAUGCCGGAAAGCGUAAGAAGCAUACUUGCCAUAAGUGAGCUUACCGAUCUGUCAAAACUCGCACAGCAGGCCGAUAGAGUAGUGGACGUCACGCGUAACACGGUUGCCGUAGUCAGCACUGGCGAAGCAAAAGCGUGCGACAAAACCCCCCAAGAUGAUGUCAACUUACACGAAUUAAAGAAAAUGGUCGAAUCCCUGUCUCGAGAAGUUAAGCGAAGCAUACGGCGUAGCCGAUCAAAGUCGCGAGGACGAGGACGAUCAAAGUCCAAAGAACGUGAAGACGAUAUCUGUUAUUAUCAUAGCAGAUUUGGCGAACAAGCAAAAAAUUGUCGCCCACCAUGCACGUUCAAGAAACAAAAAGCAAAACUUGAGCUGACGGAAAACUAG